AUGAGGACAAGGAAGCCCUCCUGCCCGCUGGAGACGGUCUGGGAGGAUAAGCAUAAAUAUGAUGAAGCAGAGCGGCUAUUCUACGAACGGGAAGCCACACAGGCCGCCGCAGCCCAAGCCCAGCAGCAACCAGAGGAGGUGGUGAACGGCCUCAGCCAGGAUGAUUCAGGGGACAGCAGCGGGCGGGACACCAAGAAAGCCAACAAUGGGAAGAAGCAGAAGAAGAGGAAGCGUUCACCCAAAAGCCACCCAUCCCAGACCAACCUGGCCCUAGUAGGCCUGUCAGCCGACCCAGUUUGGUUUGAAAAGCCACUUUUUGACCAGGCAGAGACAUCUUACCGCAAGAAGCUUGCAGAUGCAAUUCCCUCAGCACUCUGGCCAGAGAAGACAACUCCUCGGGCAGUGGCAUCCAAGCCAGGGAAGGCUGUGACGGCACCCUGCACCCAUGGGAGCCGUGUGGCCUGCCACCAUAUGGCUUGUGGCAUCUGGGUUAACAAGUUCUAUUUUGAUCGAGCUGAGAUGGCAUUUGUGGAGUGGACGCAGGCGUCCACUCCACCACACUCCCUGGACAUCUCAUCCCCACAGCUGCCACAGGACACAAGUGUGGCAAGUGGGAGGGGCACCCCAGAUGAAGGGUAUAUGACAGCUGUAACUACUCCUGCCACCCCAGGGCCACCCAUCAGAGGCUCCUCCUUCACUGCCUGCUGGCCUAGCUUGCCAGCCAAUGGUAAACCCCAGCUUUUUAGCCUUCAGGCAAUGAUGCAGGAGGUGUGGCUUGAAAAGCCCCAGUAUGAUGAUGCUGAGCGAUGUUUCUAUGAGGCCAUGUUUGAUGGCCACCCGCCAGGGAAGGUGAGGCUACAGGAACGGGCUGGACCACCUGAAGCAGCACGGCGGGGAAGAAAAGAUAGGCGGAAUAGAAACAAUAUAGGCAAACGUACUGGACCAAAGCGGGCAGACCCUGUCCCCUCCAAAGAAGUGGACCCUGCCUUGCCCUACUGGUAUUUCUUGCACAAGGAUGGUGAACCCCCAUGGCUCAGCAAAUCAACUUAUGACAGUGCUGAAUCCCGCCACCAUGCUACUGAGGCCCUCCGAAUGUCCUGGCGAGCCGAAGCACCUCCGGUCUCACCAGUCCCUGCCCAUCGGCCUGCUUCCCGUGCUGUCCCCUCAGCAUCUACGCCAAGACCAAACAGGAAGAUGGCAACCAGUUUCCUGGUGCAUGAGAAGAUCUGGUUCGACAAAUUCAAGUAUGAUGAUGCUGAGAGAAAAUUCUACGAGCAGAUGAAUGGUCCUGUUCCUGUCUCCUCCCGACAGGAGAAUGGCGCCAGUGUGAUCCUUCGUGACAUUGCCAGAGCCAGGGAGAAUAUCCAGAAAUCGCUGGCCGGAAGCACAACCGCCAGCUCUUCCAGUGGCCCCAGUGGGGACCAUAGUGAGCUGGUCACCAGAAUUUCCAACCUAGAGGUAGAGAACCAAAGCCUUCGGAGUGUGAUUCAAGACCUACAGCUCACCAUCUCCAAGCUAGAAAGCCGGCUGAGUACCCUGGAGAAAUGUUCCCCUUCCCACCGCUCUCUGGCUCCUCAGACUCAGCAUGUGUCCCCUAUGCAGAAGGUGGAGCUGCCUCCCACAUCACCCGCCAAGAAGGCAGCCACCCAGCCAGCAGAGGAUGAUGAAGAAGAUGAUGAUAUCGACUUGUUUGGUAGCGAUGAUGAGGAAGAAGACAAGGAAGCAGCCCGGCUUCGGGAGGAGCGACUUCGGCAGUAUGCAGAGAAGAAGGCCAAGAAGCCGGGACUGAUUGCCAAGUCUUCCAUCCUUCUAGAUGUUAAACCUUGGGAUGACGAAACAGACAUGGCAAAGUUGGAGGAGUGUGUCCGCUCCAUACAGCUGGAUGGCCUGGUCUGGGGAGGCUCCAAGCUGGUGCCUGUAGGUUAUGGCAUUCGGAAGCUGCAGAUCCAGUGUGUGGUAGAGGAUGACAAGGUGGGCACAGACAUCCUGGAGGAGGAGAUCACCAAGUUCGAAGAUUAUGUGCAGAGCGUUGACAUCGCUGCUUUCAACAAGAUCUAAGGCCCCUGAAUGUGUGUGAAUCUGUAACCAAAAUAAAGGCUGAGAUUUGA